UACAAGGGAAGAAGAGGUAUAUGAAGCAAGGAAUAGGACAGUUGCUCGUGUGCGAGGCUCCGCGUGAUACCGUGGAAAGUGUGUAUUGUGCAUUUCGUGCGUAUUGCAUCCAUACAUUGUCAACUGCUUCUCACGAGGUACACAAAUGCAGUUCAUAAAGAUGGUUAAUCGAAGCACAUUUCCAAAUAAAUUCUCCCAGUCGGUGACUGAGUAACAGUGUUAAACCUGACGCGAGGUCCUCACCCGCGUUAGGUGCGUGAGGGCCACCUAUCCGCGUCCAAGCUGUGUCGAGUAUUCAAGUCAUGGUAUCGAGGUUCGACACGAACUUCGGAUGUGAAGAUUUUUUCGGGACUUAUCGUUGCACCCAAGACAUGGCUUGUGAUCGUGGUGAUUCGGACUUCGAGUUCAUCAUACCGCCAGAAGCGCCGGUCUUCGAACCGAGUAUUGAGGAGUUUCACGACCCCCUUGGCUACAUCGCAAAAAUACGACCGAUCGCAGAGAAGUCUGGCAUUUGUAAGAUCAAACCGCCGCCUAAUUGGCAGCCACCAUUUGCUGUUGAUGUUGAUAAAUUCAAAUUCGUUCCAAGAAUACAAAGACUAAAUGAAUUAGAAGCAAAGACUAGGAUAAAGCUUAAUUUCUUGGAUCAAAUUGCAAAAUUCUGGGAACUUCAAGGUUCAUCUUUAAAAAUUCCUCUUGUUGAACGCAAAGCUCUUGAUUUAUAUUCUUUACAUAAGAUAGUCACUGAUGAAGGUGGAAUUGAUACAGUAACGAGGGAAAGAAGAUGGGCAAAAAUUGCAAAUAAAUUGGGUUAUCCUUCUGGACGCAGUGUUGGAAGUAUUCUAAAAAAUCAUUAUGAACGUAUUUUAUAUCCAUUUGAUGUAUUUAAACAAGGAAAGACAUUGACAGAUAUAAAAAUUGAACCAGAUUCUAAUGUGAAUGAGAAAAAAGAUCGAGAUUAUAAACCACAUGGAAUUAUAUCACGUCAACAAAUUAAACCUCCAACUGAGAAAUUCUCACGUCGGUCAAAAAGAUUUAGUGGUCAAGAAGAAAAACAGGAAGUAUCUAUUAAACAAGAAGAUUGUAAAGAAGAAUGUGAUUCUGAUAAUGAUUGUAAAGAUGGAAUUAAAAAUAAACAAUAUGAUGAUAAAGAUAAUAGUAAAGAACUUAAAAAAUUACAAUUUUAUGGAGCUGGUCCAAAAAUGGCUGGAUUUAAUACCAAAGAAGGAAAAAAAUCUAAUAAAACUAGAGGUGUAAAACUUGUUUAUGAAGUUGAUCCAUUGGCAAAAUACAUAUGUCAUAAUUGUGGAAGAGGUGACAAUGAAGAAAACAUGCUUUUAUGUGAUGGAUGUGAUGAUAGUUAUCAUACUUUUUGUCUUAUGCCACCAUUGACAGAAAUACCAAAAGGUGAUUGGAGAUGUCCAAAAUGUGUCGCUGAAGAAGUUUCUAAGCCAAUGGAAGCAUUUGGAUUUGAACAAGCACAAAGAGAAUAUACUCUUCAACAAUUUGGAGAAAUGGCUGAUCAAUUUAAAAGCGAUUAUUUUAAUAUGCCUGUACAUAUGGUACCAACAUCAUUAGUAGAAAAAGAAUUUUGGCGAAUAGUUUCUUCAAUUGAUGAAGAUGUAACGGUUGAAUAUGGAGCAGAUUUACAUACAAUGGAUCAUGGAUCUGGAUUUCCAACAAAAACUAGCGUUAAUUUAUUUACAUGUGAUCAAGAAUAUGCUGAAUCUUCAUGGAACUUAAAUAAUUUACCUGUUUUACGUGGAAGUGUCUUAGGUCACAUUAAUGCUGAUAUUAGUGGUAUGAAAGUACCAUGGAUGUAUGUUGGAAUGUGUUUUGCAACCUUUUGUUGGCAUAAUGAGGACCAUUGGAGUUACUCCAUUAAUUAUUUACAUUGGGGAGAACCAAAAACGUGGUAUGGUGUACCUGGUUCUCAAGCAGAAAGAUUUGAACAAUCAAUGAAAUCAGCUGCACCGGAAUUGUUUCAUAGUCAACCUGAUUUACUUCAUCAAUUGGUUACUAUCAUGAAUCCAAAUAUUUUAACAAAUGAAGGUGUUCCAGUAUUCAGGACUGAUCAACAUGCAGGGGAAUUUGUAGUGACAUUUCCAAGAGCAUAUCAUGCUGGUUUUAAUCAAGGAUACAAUUUUGCCGAAGCUGUAAAUUUUGCUCCCGCUGAUUGGCUUAAAAUUGGACGAGAAUGUAUAACGCAUUAUUCGAAUUUAAGACGAUUUUGUGUAUUUUCUCAUGAUGAAUUGGUAUGCAAAAUGUCAUUGGAUCCAGAUUCAUUAGAUAUAGGAAUUGCAACAGCAACUUACCAUGAUAUGCUUCAAAUGGUAGAUGAUGAGAAAAAGCUACGAAAAAAUUUGCUGGAAUGGGGUGUAACAGAAGCAGAACGAGAAGCAUUUGAACUUUUGCCGGAUGAUGAAAGACAGUGUGAAGCGUGUAAAACAACUUGUUUUUUGAGUGCAGUUACAUGUUCAUGCCAAAGUUCUCAAUUAGUUUGUUUAAGACAUUUCACAGAACUUUGUGAUUGUCCUCCAGAAAAACAUACAUUACGUUAUCGUUAUACUUUAGACGAAUUACCAAUUAUGCUACAAAAAUUAAAAUUAAAAGCAGAGUCAUUUGACUCAUGGGUAACAAAAGUAAAAGAGGCAAUGGAUCCUGAUAAAAAAAAUGAUAAAAUUGAAUUAAAUGAAUUAAAAGAACUUUUAAAUGAAGCAGAAAGUAAAAAAUUUCCAGAAAGUGAAUUGCUUACAGCUUUAACAACUGCUGUACAGGAUGCUGAAAAAUGUGCAAGUGUUGCACAACAACUUUUGAAUAAUAAACAACGUACCAGAACCAGACAAUCUGUUGAAACUAAAUACAAGCUUACAGUAGAAGAAUUAACUCUUUUCUAUAAAGAAAUAACAAAUUUAUGUUGUGAACUUAAAGAAUCUGAUGGAAUAAAAUUUAUACUUGAUCAAGUAUUACAAUUUCAAAAGGAAGCUGAAGAAUUAGAAUGUAAAGAUGAUUGUAAUAUUGAACAGUUAGAAAAAUGCAUUGACUUUGGAGAUUCUAUUUGUAUUGAACUACCUCAACUUAUACGUUUAAAGCAUAAAUUAGCACAAAUACAAUGGCUUGAGGAAGUAAAAUCUAUUCAAGAAGAUCCAAAAUCUAUACAUCGUGAUGAUUUAGCAAAAUUAAUUGAAAAGGGUAUGACAAUGCCUCCUAACUUAAAUAUAGAAAAUACUCUUUCAGACUUGCAAGCAUUAAUGCUUGCAAUUGAUAAUUGGGAAGAGAAAGCAAAGUUAUAUCUUCAUACAAAAAAUAGACAAACUAUUGCAUCUCUUGAAGAAUUUAUUCAUGAAGCUGAUAAAGUGGAAGCUUAUUUACCAAGUUUAGAUGUUCUUCAAGAUACAUUGAAUAAAGCAAAAAAUUGGACAAAAAUGAUGGAAGAGAUACAAGCGAGAGAUAACUUUCCAUAUUACAAUACAUUAGAUGAUCUAAUUAAAAAGGGCAGAAAUAUUCCAUUGCAUUUAGAUGCUCUUCCUAUUUUAGAAUCUACACUUUCACAAGCAAAAACUUGGAAAGAAAGAACAGCACGAACAUUCCUAAGGAAAAAUUCACAUUAUACUUUAAUGGAAGCUUUAUCACCACGAAUUGGAGUUGGUAUACAAGCAUUAAAAGCUAAGAAAAAUAAAAAUGAAGAUUCUGUAGGACCUGUCUUUGUCUGUGAUACAAAAUUGGAUGAUUCCAAUGAUUCGGCAACUAUUGUAGCUGCGUUUAAAUUAGCUGAACAACGUGAAAUGGAAGCAAUGCGAAAUUUAAGAGAAAGAAAUUUAAUGAAAACUGAAAUAGAUGAUUCAAGAUAUUGCGUUUGUCGACGACCAAGGUUUGGACUCAUGCUUCAAUGUGAGCUUUGUAAAGAUUGGUUUCAUUCAAAUUGUGUACCUUUGCCAAAGACAUCAUAUAAAGGAAAAUUUCCAAUGUCAAGGGAAAUUAAGUUUUUAUGUCCGUGUUGUUUACGUUCACGGCGACCACGGUUAGAAACAAUUUUGGCUCUUUUAGUUAGUCUCCAAAAAAUUCCAAUUCGUUUACCAGAAGGUGAGGCAUUACAAUGUUUAACGGAACGUGCAAUGAAUUGGCAGGAUCGAGCCCGACAAGCAUUAGCUACGGAUGAAAUUUCAUCAGCAUUAGCAAAAUUAUCUGUGUUAUCACAAAAAUUAGUAGAAGCAGCAGCAAGAGAAAAGACGGAAAAAAUCAUCAGCAGUGAAUUAAAAAAGGCAGCAAAUAAUCCUGAAUUACAUCAGAGAGUACAAGCAAUAGCACCGCUUAGUGGUGUACAUUCGGAUGAUAGUGCACUUAGUACUGCGGAUGAUGAUGAUGAUGUUGUUACUAUUGAUGACGAUGAGCCAAGUUGUAGUACAUUUAACAGUAAUGAACAUGCAUAUUCUUAUAUAUCCAAAAUUCAGCGUAAAACGCAAUCAAACGAUACAACAGAAGUUGCUGUUGUACUUUCACAAACAGCAAGGUUACGUUUAGAAGAAUUGAUGAUGGAAGGCGAUUUAUUAGAAGUUGCACUUGAUGAAACGCAACAUAUUUGGCGUAUAUUAAGUCAUACAAAUAGUCCGAGUACAGUUCGAAAAUAUGCAUCAUAUGAAGAAGUUCAAACUAAUUUGAAUCAAGAUAUAAAAGAUGUUAAAAAACGCGGAAGGAAAAGAAAAUCCGAUGAAUUUGAAUUACUGAAAAAACUUGGAAGACAAAAAAUGGAAGAAAAAAAUUUAGCUAAACGCAAAGGACUACAGAAAGAAAAAAAAUCGGCAGGUUCUCCAGUGCCUAUAAAACGUGGACCUCGAAAGAUGAAACGCAAAGAAGGUGAAGAAGGUCCAAAAAAAAGGGGUGGUAAUAGAAAAAAAACUAAACAAGAUACUUCAGAUGAAGAAGAUGAUUGUGCGGCUGUUAAUUGUUUGCGACCUGGUGGUAGAGAAGUUGAUUGGGUACAGUGUGAUGGCGGCUGUGAAGGUUGGUUUCAUAUGCACUGUGUUGGAUUAGAUCGUACAGAAAUUGCAGAGGAAGAUGAUUACAUAUGUAGUAAUUGUAAGGAGGCAGAGCAUAGCUCAGUGUCAAGAGCGCCAGAUCCCCUAGCUGAAUCAUUAGGCCUGGAUGCACUUCUUUCCCUUUCUCAAUCUCAGGGAUACCAGGGCACAGAUAGUGAAGCAGACAUUCAAGAAACCACAUCCUUCGUCAGGACUUACUAGUCUACUUUGCCUUGUUAGCUCUGUACAAGGCUAGGAUGUUUAUCAAUUUCAAGUCAUUUAGACUGGGAAUUUACACAGUCCGACAAUUAAUGUUACCUACAAUCAUCGUUCAGUCAGUUGGUACUGCAGAUUAUCAGAUGCCGUUUGAUUACUAUUGCGAGCGGAUAUUGGAGAUAAAGUAUUAUAAUGCAGUCGGAUUGUAAUCUUUACGACUAUGAAUAUUAUUUUUUUAUUUUGAUUUGAUAUGCUUUGCAAAGCUAUCAUUUUUUGUAUGUAUUAUAUUGCAUUGUAUUUUAUUUUUCUAAGAUAAAACAGAUAUUUAUCAAGAUUUAUUGUUCAAGCACAAUACAUUUAUACUCAAGAAAAAUUAAUUUCAUGCAUUGAUAUUUAAUGUUAAUUUAUAACAUUAAAACCUGCUUGCUUUUAUCCAGAAUAACAUGUUAAUUAUGAAUUAAGUACACGAUUCCAAUUGAAAACAAAUCUUCUAAAUCGUAUUACAUAUUAUACAAAACAGGUAUCGCGGAUGAACCGUGAUAUACAAUUUUGUGGUUUAUAUGAGGUUUUAGAAAAUAGAUAUUUUGCAUCCCAUUAUAAUUUUUACUUCUUAUCUCGUGCUGCGAUUGUUGAUGGAAAAGAAAAUACAGAGACCAAUGACUGUUAAAUAAUUAACGAUAUGCGUUAACAUUAUUUAUAUAAUAUGAUAGUGUGAAUGUAUACUUUUCAUAUGUAAAAUGUGAAAAGAUAUAGAAAAACUAAGGGAAGGGAAGAAGAGUAUAAUUUGACCUAAUGAUUUGGGCGAUCUAUGUUGAGGGAAAAAUUAGCGAUGGCGAUAAAUAUGUAACAAAGAAAAGUCAUCUCAGAUUAUUUCUAUUUAAAGGAAGAUUCCGUCGGUUUUUGUAUCGGCUUUUUAUUGUAAUGGCGUAAGAGAACUUCUUUUGCGCUAAAAUAGUAUGUACAGAUAGACUGAGAUAUGUGUGUAUUAAGAUACGGAUAUUAUACAUAUAUACAUAAGAAAUUAGAUUGAAACGUAGAAAUAAGUUACAAUUUGUAUAAAGAAAGAAUUGACACGCAGAUACAUAGCAUAUCUAUCUUCUUGAAACAAUUUAAUUGGAAUUUAUUGGAUUUUGGACCAGAGUGUACAACUUAUGUAAUUUGUAAGUUGCAAGUUAUUUAAUUUUCAUUUUAUGUCACAUUUUUUGUCAUAAAUAGAUAAAUGUUUUAUAUUGUGAUAUGAUUGAUAUCAGUGAAAAACUUCCGAAUGGCCUAAAAAAUAUACAUUAUAUAAUGUAAAAUCUACUUGUAGUAUUGUAAAACAUUAAUUUUAUAAUUUCAACUGUUAACAUAUAAAAAUACUUGUUUUAAUUUUUCUGUGACUAUAUUACAUUUCGUAAUAUUUAAUAUGUUGAUGAUUUAUACUUUGGUAUGCUCAUAAUUUCAUUUUAUACACUCAACAUUAGUUUGAGUUAUAAAUAUUUAAAACUGAUUACUAACUAUCCUACAUUAAUUCCUGCAUUAUUAACAUUCACAUUCACAUGAUGUAAUGCAUCAAUGUAGUAUAAUUAAAGCUUACUUAUUAUUUUGUACAUUAAAGUAUUAUAAAAUCUCUAAACGUUAUAAAAACUUAUACUAUAUAUAUAAUGAUAAGUAUAUUCCGUAAUAAAUCGUUUUAUAAAUGUUGUAAAUGUUAUAAAUAUGGAUCUCAUUCUUGAUAAAACAAAAUUGAAAAAGUAAGAAAUAUAUCACUAUUAUUGAAGUAAAACAUAAAUUAUGCGAUGUAAUUUGUGUAUCUAAUGUUAACUCUGGUACAAAACCAUGUUUCAUGUGUUAGUUGAUAUUUACGUUCUUUAGUUAUUUUUUAAUGUAAUGUCGAGUUGAUUUUUCUUUUUUUUUUCUUUUUUUUUUCUUUUUUUUUCUUUUUUUUUCUUUUCUUUUUCUUUUCUUUUUUUUUUCUUUUUCUUUUUUCUUUUUCUUUUUUUUUCUUUUUUUUUUUUCUUUUUUUUUUAUAGUCUAUUUUAUUUUCGUGCAAAAAUGUUAUAUGCGUGUCUCUCUCUAUUAAUAUGAUUUUUCGCACGAUAUACCAAGAAAAAAGAAGAUAUCUUUAUGUAGAUAUCUUUGUGUAAAAAAGAUAUCUUUAUUGUGAGUUUAUCGAUGAAAUUGUGCUAGCAGUACAAGAAAUUUUGUAUAAUUACUUGUUAAAAAAAAAAAACCAGAUAAUUAAUCAUUGAGUUUUUACAUAAACUAAAACUAUAAAUGUAUGUUAUGUAUGGAAUGACACGACAUAUACAGUGUGUUUUAAAUAUUUGCAUAUCGAAACAUACCAUGUGUAUCGUCGGUGUUAGCAUGAUAUGAAUUUUGUUAACGAAUCUAUUAUUAGAGUCGUAAUUUAAAAGAUAAUGAUUGUUCUAUUAAUUCUGUUAACAGAAUUCAUUUUUAUUAUAAUAAGAAAAUAUUAAACUAAUAUGCAUCAUCAACGAUUAACAUGUUACGUUUUCAUUUAAAACAGACUGUAAGUCAAAGAAUCGAUAAGACAUUAUGUGUACACACAUAUAUUUUUGUACAGAUACAAAAAGGUUCAAUAAUCUCUUUGAUUAUUGCUCCGGGAUACGCGGGAAUGCAGUGAAUUUCUAACGAUAGUGUGUUUUCUGUAUUAUGAGAUGAAGUAUGAAUUUCAUUUGUUUUUUUUUCGUAAUACAAAUUAUAUAUAUACGUAUAUAUAUUAUAUAUAUAUGUAUACAUAUGUACGUACAUUGGUUAAUGUAUUUUAUACAAGGUACUUAGAAUUAUUUUUAUUAAAAGUGAUAAACAUUAAAAAAAAAAAAGAAGAAAAAAGAAAGAAAUGAAUAAUAAAUUUGUGUGCUUUAUGUGAUGGUACACUAUCAUUAAAAAUACAUUGUGAUUAAUGACAUGAAAGAAAGAUUGAAACUGCGUGAUCAUUCAUAGAGUUUUUUUCAAAAUGAACAUAUUUAAACACACUUUAUCAUAAAAUAUCAGCUUACACUAUCUUAAUACUGAUCAUUCGUUUGGCAUAAUAUAAGGCAAGUGCCUAUGUGUUUUCAAAAAAUUAUACUAAUUAUCAGAAAGAAAACAAAUUCAAUUUUCUUAAUCUUCUUUAUAAUCAGCACAAUUUGUUUAAUAUUGAUUUCGGUUUUCUUUAUAAUGAGAUAUUUACAUAAUUUGUAUUCAACAAUAAAUUAAAAUUCAUUGACUCUAUAUAAGAAAAAAUACUAUUAUAUAAAAGAAAAAGUAUUAUAUUUUGACGAAAUCAUUUUUGUAAAUUAAAUUUGUAAUUAGAUGUUAUUGGUUUUACAUAUAACAUGAAAUUCAAUUGAAAUUAAUUUUAAUAUUUAUUUUGAUCAGUAAACAUAUUUUUUAAAAAUUGCUAUCAUAAGUUUUAUAUAAAAUAUCUUAAAUGUGAAUUGUAAUUUCAUUUAAAAUUUUUGUUUUGCUAUUGUUCAAAUUCUUGUUCAUGACAUCUGUUUAUUUUUGUGCUAAUUAAUAUUUAUUUUUUGUGAUUCUAAAAUGUUGGCUUUAAUUUAAUUUUCUUUAAUUUAUAUAUGAUGAUUACUUACUAUGAAUUAAAUAGUUCGCAUUCAUUCAAAUAAUACAGUAAAAACAUGUUACUUAAUUUCUAAUGCACUAAGUUGUUAGUAAUCGUCUUUAUAUUAAACUCGAUUGUUUCUUUGUUUCUUCUUGUUCAAUAUUGCAAACGCAUUCAUGUCAAAUGUGUUUUAGUUAUUCCAAACUUCACCUCGCAAAAAAACGAACCCUUUAAUUCCACCAAAAAUUUAGUCGAUAAAGAGAAUCGUUAUCAUAUAUCUUAUAUUUAUUACAUUUUUGUCUAUUUGUGUUUUUUUUUUUUUUUUUAUUGUUUUUGAAACUAAUUCCUUCAUGAGGAAAGCUUCCAACGAAUACUAUUCUUUGUCAUCAUAAGUUGCGUAAAUAACUAUUUUAUUGUAUAACACAGAUAUAUUGUUUAUUUCCUUUAUAUACAAAUCAUUUUAGACAGAAAUAUUUAUGAGACAGUAAAUGUAAUUUAGGGCUAAGUAGUGUUUAAAAUAGCCUUUAUUUGUAAGAUUAUAUCAUUUUGAUUUCCGAUAAAAUAUAUUAAAUGUAAAUGUAUAUAAGUACAUUCAAUACCAUAAAUUGCUUUUUCUUUCUCAUUGUUUUAUAGUUAAAACAGAUAAAACAGAUAAAAAUAUUAGAAGAGUACAAAUUUUUAAUGUUAAUUAACGUCCAAAUAAUGACAUCGCAUUGUAAUUAAUUUAAGCAAAUGCAUCAAACAUUUAAGAAAUUUUUUGUCAAAUAACUAAGUCAUUACUGAUUUUCCGUGAUGUAAUAUUAUUAUAAAAGGGGGCGAUGUCCGUCGAAGUAUAUUCGUGUAACUGGUGGGAGAGAUAGAAUGUCAAUAAAGAGUAGCGGAACAUGAAAGUUGGGGGAGACAUGAAUUUCUCGUUUAUAUGACGCACAACGGGAAGUUGAGCAAGCCUCGUCGAAAGAAGAUUUAUGUUUGUGUAGGAUAGAGCUUUCGGCAAAAGUAAUAUUUCAGACGUUAGAAGAAAGACUAGACUGUGAAUAUCAUUUUCAGAUGAAUAUUAAACUUUGCUAGGAAUGACAACUUAACGUAUAAAAUAUGAUGAAUUUAAUUUUUUAGUAUUUUUUUGUACAAAUUAAUUUUGUAUAUAAAAAUUUUGUUUUGUUGAUAACAAUGAUUUCUAUUUUAAUAACAAUAAUUAAUUAUUUAAAAUUGAUAAUAUUAUUAAUUAUUUAAUAUAAAUACGUUAAGUAAGUAGAUUAAAUCAGAAUAAUUUAAAUAUUAUUCAUAAAUGCAUGAGAGAAUUAUAUUACUUUGUUUAUUCAUUUAAUGGCGAAUUUUAAUAUCAAAUUAAGCAUGGAAAUAGACUCUAUAGUCAUAUCAAUAAAUGACUCAACUUUUGCUCUUAAUGACUUAUAGUACGUCUCUUACAUACAUUGCGCAUACAAAAAAUGAUUCACUAUCGCGAGAUUUUAUUAUCCAUUUCCAUUUGUAAAGUUUAACACUGGCGAUUCAUCAAUCUUGUAUUUAUCCGCGACAUCUUCAUUUUCAUUUGUAUAUUUUCGAUAGUUGAAUACAUUAUACUUUAAAAUUGUAUUUCAAUCAAGUUCAAAAGAUGAAAUUUUAUUAAAAAAUAAAGAUGUUCAACGAUCAAA